GACUCACAGUAACUUUUUUUCUUCAGAAUACGUUCUUAGUUCUUACAAAGAAAAUUUUCUUCAGCUUCUUCUUCUGCGCUCUGUCUCUCCUUUGCCAUCCAAACUGAAUUUCCUCAAUGGAAUCCAUGAACACCCCCAAAUCCCUCAAGACAGCGCAUCUCACCAAAUCAACAAGCACGGCCAUGGCGGACUCCAAUUUCGGCUCCAAGGUGAGGGUAAUCGUGAGGGUGCGCCCUUUCCUCUCUAGCGAAAUCGCUGCAAAGCACGAGCUCAGUUCCUGCAUCUCCCUUCUAGAUCAAGGCUCCGAAUCUGGAGACGAAGUGGCCGUUUACCUCAAAGAUCCUGAGAGCAGUCGGAGUGAAGUCUAUCAGUUGGACUCGUUCUUCAGUCCGGAAGACAACAACGUCAACAGGAUUUUCCAGAGAGAGGUGAGCCCGUUGAUACCUGGGUUGUUUCAGGGAUGCAAUGCUACAGUUUUCGCCUAUGGAGCUACCGGCAGUGGGAAGACCUACACAAUGCAGGGUAGUGAUGAAUUGCCGGGCCUGAUGCCGCUGGCCAUGUCCAAUAUUCUUUACAUGUGCAGCAGGACAGCAAGCACAGUUGAAAUUUCAUACUACGAAGUAUACUUGGAGAAAUGCCGUGAUCUUCUUGAACCUAAUGAAAAAGAGAUUGCGAUUCUGGAUGACAGAGAGGGGAAAACUCACCUCAAGGGCCUAUGUGGAGUGCCCGUCAGUUCAAUGCCGGAGUUCCAGGAGGUGUUCUCUCGUGGAACUCAGAGAAGGAAGGUUGCACACACGGGUCUCAAUGAUGUCUCCAGCAGGAGCCAUGGGGUGCUGGUGAUAAGUGUCUCCACUCCUAUUGGAGAUGGCUCAUCCGUUUAUGGGAAGCUUAACCUCAUAGAUUUAGCUGGCAAUGAAGACAAUAGGAGGACAUUCAAUGAGGGGAUCCGUCUGCAGGAGAGUGCCAAGAUCAACCAGUCCUUGUUUGCUUUGUCGAAUGUUAUCUACGCACUGAACAACAACAAACAGUGGAUACCAUAUCGUGAAAGCAAACUGACCAGGAUUCUGCAGGACUCUCUUGGAGGAACAAGCCGUGCUCUGAUGGUUGCCUGUCUGAAUCCUGGAGAGUACCAAGAAUCCGUAAACACAGUCAGCUUGGCAUCUAGGUCUCGCCACGUCAAGAAUUUUGUGCCUUCAGCUCAGAAACUGGAGACUCCAAAGGUCAAAAUGAACAUGGAAGCGAAACUCCAAGCUUGGCUGGAAUCAAAGGGAAAGACCAAGAGUAAUGCCCAUAGAGCUUGUGUUUCACCUUCCCCAUUUCCUAUUAAUUCUGCCAAGAGACUUGAUUUCCUAGGCUCUGUUAAAGCAAAGGUCAGUACUCGGAACGCAGCUUCAAACUCCAAGAACAGGAUGCUUUCUGUGCCUUUCAGAAGCUUACAGCUGAACGAUGAAAAUUUGUCUGAUCCUUCUGUUGAGGGAGUCAUGGCUCAAGUUGCUGACAUUAAAGGAUCCCUCGAGAAGGAAAAGGAGAAGUUAGAAUCAAAGGAGUCGAUCAACUUAGGAACAACAUCACCACCAGUGACUGAUAAGAAAAGUAGCAGCCGCACAGUACAGGAAAGUCCUCUAAGGAAGGUGUUAUCCCCAAUCUGUCCGAACAUGAACAGAAUUGUUGAGCAGCAAGCAACUACUCCUCCAAAAACACCACUGCUUGCAACUUGUGAAGGGAAGAUGGUGGCGACCACCCCACUAGACAAAUUCAACUUCAUGAGCUCCAACCUAAAGAGCUCUAUGAUUAAUGAGUAUCUCAACUUCUUGAACACGGCCAGCAGAGACGAACUACUGGAAAUUAAGGGCAUAGGAGUUAAGCUGGCAGAAUACAUUGUAGAACUCCGAGAAACAAGCCCUUUGAGAUCAUUGAGUGAUUUGGAGAACAUUGGGCUCUCCUCUAAACAGGUUCACAACAUGUUCAGCAGAGCGGCGCAAGGGAUAUUUGAAUCAGGAAAGGAUUAAGGAUUGAAAACAAAGCGUCGGAGUUGGGUAAAAACUCCAAUCCCCCCAUUCAGAUUGUGUCUCCGGCAAAGGACCUUACCUCACAGCUUUGUCUGUAUUUCUACUAAACCGUCCAUCAUAUCCUCGAUGAGCAAUAUUCCUACCGUAUUUGUACACCUACUGUAAAGGAUUAACCUUCUCGUGCUUAAUGCUAAUCUGAACCCUUGUCUUCCAACUCAUUAGAUUCGAGUUUUGAUUCAAACAAACAAACGCAUACUCGAACACGGAAAGCAUGCGUCCUUUAUUAAGACAAGACUCGCUGAAUCGCUAAUACAAUUCAGUCGGGACACCUUCCUUCCACUACAUAUACAUUACGUAACGGCCAACACCAACACAUCUUAGAAACACGCACGGAUCGGAAAACUGGAAAAAAAAAAAACAAAAACAUUAUUUCAUACUCUUAAAUACGAUCGAUUGGAGAGACACACGCUCCCAGCUCGCUUCUCAUUUGCAGGUGCAGGGGUCGCAGGUGCACUUGUCGCCGCACUUGCACCCGCCGUUCUCCGCGAACACCGCCCCGCUCUCGAAGCUGGCCUUCGCCGGCGCCACUCCGAGGACCACCGUCCCGGCAGCCGCGGUCGUCUCGGCGUAGCUCACAUCCGGAUACAUCUUGCAUCCGCUGCAGCUGGUGCCGCACUUGCAGCCGGAGCCGCAUCCACAGUUUCCCGCGCAGCACGACGACGACAUUACGGAAUUUUCUUUUUUGGACAACACAAAAUCAAAUCUAGAUAUGGCGAGUAAAGGAGGUGAUCAAGAGCGAGCUGGUAAUUUGAUGAGAAAGUAAAAAGUAGGGAACUGAAUUUAUAGUACUUGGAGGGGGAGGGGAGGAGAAUGCAGAAAUUCGCUAGUGGCCGUCCACGUGUCCGCUCGCGCGGGGCGGUAGCGGAUCUAGAAACUGUUAGAAGUUUACACCUCCGAUCCGCCCUUACCUUCCUCCACGUACGCACGUCACUACCGGUGGUUCCCGAUUUCCAAUUCCCCUUUUCCUUGAGAAGCGGGGCAAAGCAAAACAACAAAACUGAU